GGAAAACAUAUCACCACCAUCAUCAUUAGAUGUCAACGAUAUCACAUCAAUGACAAAAAUCAAUGAUGAUGAACCAUAUGAAUAUGAUGAUUAUUUUGAUCAACUUUAUGCUACGACAACAUCUUCAUUGAAUCAUAAUGAUGAUGAUCAUCAACAUUCAAAAAUAGUGGAUCCAUCCACUGAUGGUGGUGUGGAUGGUGAUACAUUAUCAUAUGAAGAAUAUCUUCGUGAUAUUUGGCAACAAUUAAAUGUUGGUCAUGAUGGUUAUCUAACUGUCGAUGAAUUGUAUCGUGUUUGUGAACAUAUUGGUAUGAAUAUUUCAAAUGAUCAAAUUAUUGAACAAUUAUUUGAUCGUUUAGAUUCGGAUCAAGAUGGUCGUGUUUCAUUAGCUGAAUUUGUUGAUGGACUUUUUCAAUAUAUUCAUCAUCAAAGUAAUUUACAACAUACCUCAUCAAGUGUACCAGAAUCUCCUAAUCAUCAUCCUCAUCAACUUCAUUAUCAAUCAACAAUUACGAAUGAAAUAUCAUCAUCACCACCGAUCGAUGAUAAUAGAAUUCAAAAGAAUUCUAUUGUGCCUCCCGCCGCAAUAGUUUUGCAUCAUCAUCAACAUAAUAAUCAAAAUAGAAAUUUACAACUUUCAUCAUCACCAUUACCACCACUUUCAUCAUCAUUAACAAAUUUAUUUAAUCUUUUAUCAAAUUAUUCAAAUUUUUUGACAAUAAAAUCUGAUAAAGAUGGGUAAGUCGUUUAUUUGAUUGAAAAAAUUUAUUUAUUUUGACCAAAAAAAACAUUUGAAAAUUUCAUAUAUCUAAUAUAUCAAUGUGAAUGUGAUUUAUAACAAAAAUGACCGUGAUCAUGGUGUCAACAAC